CCUCACUAAGAGGAAUCUGUCGUUCGAACAGCAUUACCAUGUGCAAUGCUACAAACCCUCGUGAGACGUCUCUUCCGUCCUGAUGCUGGGACCGGCGUCCCCAAAAGCUUGGCUUUCACCAACCAGCUCCGCAACUAUGCGGCCACGGCUGCUCUCAGCAAUAAGCUGAAGCUUCGAGACUAUCAGCUAGAAUGCAUCAAAUCCGUGCUUUUGUCCCUUAAGCGGGGACACAAGCGGGUUGGCAUAUCUCUGGCCACUGGGAGUGGUAAAACAGUCAUCUUCACUCAGCUCAUAGACAGGGUUCACGACCGUGUCAAGGAUGGGAACCAAACACUCAUCUUGGCUCAUCGCCGUGAGUUGGUCGAGCAGGCUGCCAAGCACUGUCAGCUAGCGUAUCCAGACAAGAAGAUUGAGAUUGAAAUGGGCUCUCUCCAUGCUUCUGGCACGGCGGACAUUACCAUUGCAAGCGUCCAAAGCAUCACAUCGAGGGAUCGGCUCGACAAGUAUGAUCCUUCAAGGUUCAAACUCGUCCUUGUGGACGAGGCCCAUCACAUUGUUGCGCCGGGUUACCUCAGGACCUUGAAGCACUUCGGUCUCGAUGAGAAGCGGCACAACUCACCCAUUCUGGUAGGAGUUUCGGCGACAUUCUCCCGCUUCGAUGGAGUGAAACUCGGCGCCGCCAUCGACGAGAUUGUCUACCACAAGGACUAUGUAGACAUGAUCUCGGACAAGUGGCUGUCCGACGUAAUUUUUACGACGGUCGAGUCCCAUGCCAACUUAUCCAAAGUCAAGAGCGGCGCGUUCGGCGACUUUCAAACGGGAGAACUCUCCAAAGUCGUUAACACCGACACCAUCAACGACAUCACGGUCCGCAGCUGGAUGGCCAAGGCCCCAGACCGCAAAUCCACGCUGGUGUUCUGCGUCGACCUGGCGCACGUCUCGGGCCUGACGCAGAAGUUCCGCGAGCACGGCUUCGACGCUAGAUAUGUCACCGGCGACACGCCCAAGGUGGAGCGGAGCGCCAUUCUCGAGGCCUUCAAGAAGCGGGAGUUUCCUGUGCUCGUAAACUGCGGCGUCUUCACCGAAGGUACCGACAUUCCCAACAUUGACUGCAUCGUGCUGGGCAGGCCGACGAGGUCGCGCAAUCUGCUGGUGCAGAUGAUUGGACGAGGCAUGAGGUUACAUCCGGACAAGAAGAACUGCCACAUCAUCGACAUGGUCUCCAGCCUCGAAACAGGCAUCGUCACGACACCAACACUAUUCGGCCUCGACCCGAACGAAUUAGUCGAAGAGGCCUCAGUUGAAGACAUGAGAAAGAUCAAGGACCAGAAAGCAGCAGAAGCAGAACAGCAGCAGGGGGAUUCUUCAGGCGCCGGUUCAGGCCCUUCUCCAGCAGUCACCUUCACAGACUACUCCUCCGUCCUGGACCUCAUCGCAGACACCUCUGGCGAGAGGCACAUCCGCACCAUCAGCCAGUACGCAUGGGUCCAGGUCGGCCCGGAGCGCUUCGUCCUCUCCGCCCCGAGCGGCUCCUACAUCCGCAUCGAGCGCCUGCCCGUUUGCCCGGGCUCCUCGGGACCUACCUACCGCGCCCUCGAGGUCAGGGCCCUGCCCCCCGGCGUCGCAAAAUCCCCCUACGCCGCGCCCCGCGAGAUCCUCAAGGCCGCGACGUUCAACGACGCGGUCCACGGCGCGGACAGCUACGCCGCCAGCGCUUUCCCGCACACCUUUAUCCACCGGCACCAGUCCUGGCGGAAGUUGCCGCCGACGCAGGGCCAGGUGGACUUCAUCAACAAGCUACGGGGCAAGAGCAGGCCCCUGACGUCGGCGGAGCUGACAAAGGGCAAGGCGGCGGACAUGAUCACGAAGCUCAAGCACGGGGCGCGCGGGCAGUUUGCGCGGAUGGAGGCCGAGCAGCGGAGGCGGGACAAGACGAGGUACACCCUUGAGACGAGGCAGGAUAGGGAGCACGUUAGGGUCGGGCCCCUUUCGGCUUGAGGACUGAUAUUGCAUACUUUGGAGUUAUCAGGAUGUUUUGGGAGGGAAAGAAUUAUAUGGGACAUGUAUCAUUAC